AUGAAUCUUCUAUACCUUCUCCUUCUAUUCGCUUCAAUCGAUUUCUGUAGAUCAAAAAAAUGUGAGGACACUUCCACCAGGGGUACUGUAGCACCAUCUACAGUAAGACCAACAAGAAAACCGCCAGUUGGAAAUAAUGCGCCAAAACCAGUAAUCCGUUUCGACUAUCCGGAGAGUACUACAGUAAGAGCGACUACGGUAGCUACAGGUAGACCUGGAGGGAUUUACAGUACCCCUAAGUCAGCUACAGUUAAUCCACUUCGGGUUACUGUAGCUACAGUACCCCCAAUCAAGAUCACGCGUCGGGUAGGAUCACCGGGCCAGGUUACUGUAGCUAAGAUUGUUAGAGGCGGAGCUAGAGGAAUUCCAAUUUUGGCUACAGUACCCACCAGGAUUACUGUACAUACAAAAACUACAGUACCUCCAAUCCGGAUCACGCGUCGGGUAGGAUCACCUGGCAAGGUUACUGUAGUUAAGCUUGAUAGAGGCGGAGCUAAAGGAAUUCCGAUUUUGGCUACAGUACCUACCAAGGUUACGGUACAUUCCAUGGUUACAGUACCCCCCUCAACCGCAACUACAAAAACUACUAUUUCUCGGAUUACUGUACCAACCACAACUACAGUAAGAACGACAAAAAAAGUGCCGAUGGGAGUCAACGAGAAGAAAAAAGAGCUACAAUUCUAUCCGAUCUGA